CGGGGGAAGCGGGGCAGUGGCUUGGCCGGGCGAGGGCGGACGAAGCUGCCAGCGGUCUCGGCUGCAGCCGCCGCCGCUGCUCGGUACGCGGGCGCGCCCUGACCCUUCCUCUUUGGGCAGGCUCAGGGGCGCGCGCGUGGUCGGCGUCCCGGGGCCUCGAACUCCAGGGCCUCGACUGGGCAGGCCGCGGAUCGCCAGCCUGCCCGGCGUGCAAGUCGGCCGGGACCCGGCCGCCGCCAGCCGCGGGCGCCACUGGAGCGGCGGCGCCCGAAGACGUGCCCCAGGCUCGAAGAACAGCCCUGGGCGGUCGCCUCGUUUUCUGCAGCCAAGCGGCGGCUCCGGACGCGCAGGCUCAGCGGCCAUGGCUCACGGGCCCAGCCGCUCCGCGGCACGCGGGAUCCUCCUGGACCAGGGCACGAACCCGCGUCCCUCGCAUCGGCAGGCGGACUCUCAACGACUGCGCCACCAGGGAAACCCAGAAGGUAACGUUUCAUUUGUUGCAUUUCCAGUUUCCAGCACCAACUCACCAACAAAGAUUUUACCAAAAACCUUAGGACCAAUAAAUGUGAAUGUUGGACCCCAAAUGAUUAUAAGUACACCACAGAGACUAACCAGUUCAGGAAGUGUUCUGAUUGGGAGUCCAUAUACCCCUGCACCAGCAAUGGUUACUCAGACACACAUAGCAGAAGCUACUGGCUGGGUCCCUGGUGAUAGAAAACGGGCUAGAGAAUUUAUAGACUCUGAUUUUUCAGAAAGCAAACGAAGCAAAAAAGGAGAUAAAAAUGGAAAAGGCUUGAGACAUUUUUCAAUGAAAGUGUGUGAGAAAGUUCAGCGGAAAGGUACAACAUCGUAUAAUGAAGUAGCUGAUGAGCUGGUGUCCGAGUUCACCAAUUCCAAUAACCAUCUGGCAGCCGAUUCGCAGGCUUAUGACCAGAAGAACAUUAGGCGAAGGGUUUAUGAUGCUUUAAAUGUGCUAAUGGCAAUGAACAUAAUUUCAAAGGAGAAAAAAGAAAUCAAGUGGAUCGGCUUGCCUACCAAUUCUGCUCAGGAAUGUCAGAACCUGGAGAUCGAGAAGCAGAGGCGGAUAGAACGGAUAAAGCAGAAGCGGGCCCAGCUUCAGGAACUUCUCCUGCAGCAAAUCGCUUUCAAAAACCUGGUACAGAGAAAUCGGCAAAACGAACAGCAGAACCAGGGCCCUCCAGCUCUGAACUCCACCAUUCAGCUGCCAUUUAUAAUCAUCAAUACAAGCAGAAAAACAGUCAUAGACUGCAGCAUCUCAAGUGACAAGUUUGAAUAUCUUUUUAAUUUUGACAAUACCUUUGAGAUUCAUGAUGACAUAGAAGUGCUGAAGCGGAUGGGAAUGUCCUUUGGCCUGGAGUCAGGCAAGUGCUCCUUGGAGGAUCUGAAACUUGCUAAAUCACUGGUGCCAAAGGCUUUAGAAGGUUAUAUCACAGACAUCUCCACAGGACCGUCGUGGUUAAAUCAGGGACUGCUUUUGAACUCUACCCAGUCAGUUUCAAACUUAGACCUGACCGCUGGUGCCACCUUGUCCCAAUCAAGUGCAAACCAAGGGUUGUGCUUGGAUGCUGAAGUGGCCUUAGCAACGGGGCGGCUCCUGGCCGCAGACACUCACCGGUCCGGCAGUGCGGCCUCCCACUGCUCUGAGUCCCGAGGCGAGACCCCCUGUUCCCUCAACGACGAGGACGAGGACGAGGACGAGGAGGACUCCUCCUCCCCAGAAUAAAGACAGGCGCAGACCCACGUUCUGCUCUUUGAUGCUCA